AUGGAGAAGCACUUUUGCGAGAAUUUCAAAUUGACAGAAGAGCAUGGCGAUACAACAAACUCAAAGUUUGCGUUUCCAAGACAAUGUUUAGUUUUAGGGGACCCUCGCGUUGGCAAGACAAGUCUUGUGAAGUCGCUAACUGGAGGUCUAUUUGAUCCAACCGAGAAAUCGACGCAAGGAAUUGAUCUUAAGCUAGUGGACCACAAGUGGAAAACCUGUGACAUGAAGGAUCUUAUCUUUGGGGACCCGUGGAGAUAUCUAAAGGCAGCCGACGUGAAAGUAGGAAUAAUUGGAACUGGAAAGCAGCGCAGUAAGGUUCUCGUUGGAGAUUCCGAUUUUAUGGUGACAACUAGUCUUCUGCGGUUUUAUUUAUAUUUCUGUGCAAUUGCAACAACAUGCCUUUUCAUCGCCGGAACAGUAUUGAAAUUCCCCGUGGCACAUCUCCUAUUUUACUACAUUUAUUUUGGUUAUUUUAUGUUUCCAAUUUGUGCUUUACACUUUGGGAGUAAUAUAAGAUUUAUCACCGCUACCCUUGCUUUCAUUCUGAAUCGCCGAGGGCUAUUAAUUGGGUUAUAUUCUGCUAUGAUGAUAUGUCCUUUCGACUUAAGUUAUGUAGAGUUUGCUAGUACUCACGAAUUUCUUAUGUUGAGCAUAUUUGCUGCAAUUGCGUUUGUCACUUUGUUCCUAUUCGUGGGACCACUACAAGUACCCUUCGGCGCUGGUAAACUAGUCAAAAAUCAAAACUUUACUAAGUUCCUCUGCAUUUGUCGGUUCCCGCUAUCAAUCUUAAUAGGAUUAAUUUCAGGCUUCGUAAUUGCCAUGUCGUUCUGGAGACUAACUGCGCUUUGUUAUUGGGAGCACACCGCGAUAAUACUUUCAGUAAACUCAACCUCACAUGAGUUUCAUGAUAUGAAUACUUUUAAAAGGUUAACAAACUGCACUGACCGCACUGAUCAACUUAUCCUCAGAUUAUUUGUUUUUUUUGUGUUUGACUCCCCUAGACACAUUCUGGAAACCAGCUGUGUCCAAGCUGUUAUUUUCCAUUCUAUUAGAAAGGACAGAUCACAAUGGCCUUACAUAGCAAUGUCUAUUGUUGGGUUCUAUUAUCAUAUCAGAGUAGCAUAUGAAAUCUUCACUGAUCCACCCUCUGUAAUUUACUAUUUUGUUUUAUCAUUUCCUUUAUAUGUCUGUAUAACAUUCUUUGACGAAUUUUUCUGUGGCAAUUCUGAUGGUAUUACAACGGAACUUGCACAUCCCUUUGACAGUUGCGUGACACUGGCGCUCAUAGGGAAUGGAGAAAUAAACCCAAAGCUGCUAAGAGAGGUCCUGAAAAGUAAAUAUCCAUUCUUAAAAAUGAAGAUAUUUGAUUUUGCAGGUGAUAAAGAAUAUUACAGCUACCAUCACAUGUUUCUCAAAAGACAUGCUCUGUAUCUCAUUGUAUUCAAAAUAGCUGACCUUGUAGAAAGUGACUUUCAGAACGUCUCUACUGGGCUUCAGUAUUGGUUUGAGUCUGUCUGUAGUUAUGUGCCACCAAAAACACCAAUCUUCCUUAUUGGAACACACAGUGAACAAAUUGGAAAGAAAUGCUUGGAGACCUUGAAUGUCCAUUUAAAGAACACUUUUUGGACUUCUUUUUGUGAUGAACUCAUUGUCAAUGAUGAUGAUGAGUUGAUCUUCUUUCCAGUUGAGAACUCCAAAGGUGAAAAAGAUGUUGGAGUUCAAAAGCUUCGCAACAAAAUCAUGGCUUUUGCUGAAGAAUCCAAACCAACUUUAGAUCAGAAUGUUCCUUUGUCAUGGAUAAGAAUACAGGAUGCAAUUAUUCAGUUAAGGACAAAAAAAGAUGCCAGAUACUGUGUGACACUACGUGAAUUUCCAUGGGCAUUUGACAACUACAUUCACACCGACUGGUCUAUAGAGACCUUGAAGUACUUUCAUGAACAUGGUUUGGUGGUAUACCCUAAUAAGAAUGAUGACCCAUCAAACUGGGUUCUACUCAAGCCAGAAAUACUGGUAGACAUCAUCAUCCAGCUUGUCACACCAUCACUGCAAAUAACCCAACAGAGAGGGUUGAGGAGUGACUGGCAACUUCUCCGGGAGAAGGGAAUGCUUACCAAAACCCUCAUGAGUAGUAUCAUUUCCAAAGUAAAGGAGAAUGAAGAGGCCAUGAUUGCAUUCCUAGAAGAGUAUGAUUUGAUCUGCCCCUUGACAAACCCAGAAGUCAAAAUUGUCAGUUUAAGAGACAAAGAGAGACUCCAGCCAACUCACUUUGUUCCAUCCUUGUUACCAAAGUCUCAAAAGGAAUGCAUCCAAGUAUGGCAUGAUGACAAGAGAGAUCAAAAGUUCUUCGUGUUUUUUGAGAGGUUCCUACCAGAACCCUUGUUCCAUCGCCUGUUGUCUCGUGCUCACAAGAACAGUAAGAUGGAGUUUGCCAACGGUGUAACUGUUGUGCUCAGAGAUGUUGGAAAGUUCUGGAUGAGUCCUUGGGAGCCAUACAGGCUUAAGCUGAUGAAGAAAGAGAGUCUUAUUGAAGUUACUUUCAUUACCAGGUAGUUGUACACCCUUUCCUUAGCAACUUAAGGGACUUAAACUUUUCAUAAUGUGUGGUGGCUAUCAGAAAUGAUGCUGUGGGUUAUUUGCGGAAAUGUACAUAGUUUUGCUCAGGGAUCAUGUGCAUUUCUGAGUUUUCUCUAACCAGAAUUUUCUUUAUACUCAAUGACUUGUAACUUGAAGAUAGUGAUCAUGCAGGGGACUUGGCUGAAAAUGAAAUUUCUUAUGGCCAGGCUGGCAAUGUGCCAGCUUGCAACAAAGUUUUUGUCUAAACCUCUUUUCUAAACCUCUUUUCUCCACUAAUGCUCAACAACACAUUCCAUUGUUUUCCAGCAAUAGUCGAGGAAAGAAGCCGUCUUUUUUUUUGUGCCAAGUGUACUCCAUGGUAGAUGGGAUUUGCAAGAGGAGUUUCCCCUUUGUAAAGUUUCACUGUGGACCUGCCUGCCCCUCAACCAAAUGCCCUGGUUACCAAGACAACUACAUGCACACACCAUAUCAUCAUUACCGACAACAUGUGUUCAAUAUCAUGCCUGGCCGUCAAGUAGAUAAGAAUGCCUCUUUGUACUGUGUCAACAAAAGUUUUGAAGAUAAGCUGAAGGACUGGAUACCAUAG